GUGUCUUUGUGUGCUUGUGUUGCUGAGCUUCCCUCUGACGAUGACGGAGGUCCCUGGUCCCUGCAGACACUCCAUCACACGGGAGCAUCUGCUCACACUCAGACACUUGAUGGAUAACCAGUUAAGGGCUGGGUGUUCUAUGACGUACACAUUCAUAGAGCGGAGAAGUUUGAGCAAAUGCUGCUUUGUAAAAGCUGCUUUACCCUGGAUCUUAGAACUCCUCACUACACACUUCAAAUACGGCAGAGGUUCAGUUAAUGACGGCUAUGUUCAGUCCCUGAGGGCCCUGAUCCUCAACAUGUAUUCUCAGAAGUGUGUGCCUCAGAUUAAUGAGGAGGUGGAGGACAAACCUGAGAGUUUUGAGAUGCUCUAUAGAAGCUCUCCUUCAGAAGCACUGCAGAGGGCGCUAGAGGUGCUAACACUUUACUGGGAACUGGUCACAAUGAGUGAGGCCCCCAUCGACUGGACAUGCCAGAAUGAAUACACAGAGACUCUGAGCUCCACCACAGAGUUACCAACAGAGUCCACCAUUCAGUACUUCACAGACAGUUAUGGUAGGGACUCCAUAAAAGCCACUCAGAGAAAAGCUGUGCGAGACCUGUACAAACUGGUCUUCAUCAUCACAUCCAUCUGUGGUGGACUGCUGUUUAUACUGACUCUCUACUGUCUCAUCACACAAAAGAAAUCCCAGAUUCAUCACAGUUCAAGAACACACACAGACAUAAGAGAUCUGCAAGGCAUUGAAAUGGAAGAGCAAUAAUCACAUUUCUGCAGCAGCAGACAGUGCACUUGUGAACCUGUACAUUUGAUCCAACUUGUAAAGUUUGUGUUUGUAUUUGUGUGUAAUGUAUCAUUUAUGCUCACCUAUUUAAUCUGAGGUUUUGCUUUGACUGAGCGCAAAGAUGGACCUUAAAUGGAAUCUGUUCUGUAUAUGAAGUUUACGCAUUAUAAAAUGCAGAUAUUGUUGAACAUUGAGGUUUUAUUUUUACAUCUUUGUAAAGUAUAUGAUGUUUCUUGCUAACAUUUAACCCAGUGACUGUAAUUUUGCCAAACACAUGUAUGAAUUAUUUAUUACUUAAAGCAGUCACAGUAAUGUACAGUAAAAAACUAUUUUCUCUAGCUAGCACUGUAUUGAUAUG